AUGCCUCCUUACGACGACUGGAACAAUAUUGAUGAGGAAGAGGACGAGGAACUGCAGGACCCGUCUGUGUACGAGACAAAGAAAGAUGUCAUUCUCUUUUGCAUCGACUGCUCUGACUCAAUGUUGAAGCCAUAUGAUGACCCACAAUACGAAGACGUUCAAACGUGCCACCUCUUCACCGCUUUGGAAGCCGCUAUGCAGAUCCAGAAGAAGAAGAUUAUUGUCGGCCCUAACGACUCCGUUGGAAUAUUGCUUUUCAACACUACUAGGAAAUCAGAGACGUCCAGAAGUCAAGGCUCCGAGAUCAAGAGAAACACGUUUCUGUUCCAACCCAUUGGCCCACUCAGUGCUCCCAAGGUGCAAGAGGUCAUUCAAUUGCUUGACGCCGCCCGUGAAGAUCCCGAUGAGUUGAGAAAAACGUUCCCACCUCUCACCCACGGCAGAGUGCCCAUGGGAGAUGUGUUUACCAGCUGCAACUGGGUCCUGCGAGACGGCGCUCCAAAGACAGCCUCGAAGCGUGUCUUUCUGAUUACAGACGAGGAUAAUCCACAUCCUUCAACAAGUAGUAAACAACUGAUUACUUCCGCGCGAACGACCUUGAUCGACCUCACCCAAGCCGGGGUUACCGUGGAACCUUUUUUCAUCAGCACGGAAGACAAACCAUUCGACGUCUCCAAAUUCUAUUCUUCCGUUCUGCUCCCCACAAACCUUGAAGACGAGGACGAGCUCCAACAAGAUUCCUCCAUUCUGCCAGAAUCAAUAUCCAUAUCGCGCAUCGAAGAUCUUCUGUCUCAAAUGCGCUUUCAUGAAGUUCCGAAAAGAGCUCUCUUUAGUGUUCCAUUCGAGCUGGCUAAUGGCUUCAAAAUUGGGAUUAAAGGAUAUGGAUUGGUAACCGAACAGAAAAAAGGUUCCUACAAGUACUUCGUGGAUCUUGGCGAUCGUAUGGAAGUAGCAACCGUUAAAACAACAUAUGUGGACGAGGACCGUCAAGCCGAGGUUGAUAAGACGAAAAUCGUCUACGGUUGUGAUCAGGGAGCCGGUGGUACAGAGGAAGACGAAGAUGGAGAAGAAGCCGCUGGUGGUGCUGGCGCGCGUUUGGUCAAACCUGGAAGUCGCCCCUUCUUCACGACAGAGGAAAUUCGAUCAUUCCGCACUCUUGGCCUUGAACCUGGGAUCAAGCUCCUCGGAUUUAAACCUCGUAGCGAACUGGCGUUUGAGGAUAAUAUCAAACACUCGCAGUUCAUUUACCCAGACGAGAUGUCAUUUUCAGGAAGCAAACGCACAUUCAGUGCGUUACUGCGGUCGAUGUUAAAGAAAGAUAAAAUUGCGAUUGUUCUGGCGAUGACCAGAAGAAAUUCGACACCUAUCUUUUGCGCACUAUUACCCCAGGACGAAAACGUCGACGACAGUGGCUGGACGGAGCCAGCCGGCUUCCACCUUAUUCCGUUACCCUUCGCAGACGAAAUUCGAUCUGCCCCCAUUCAGGAGGGUUUUCGAGCCUCAGACGAGAUGAGAGAUGCUGCUCGCAAAUGGAUCGAUAAGAUGACAGUAAAAAACGGAACAUACCCGCCUGAUUCGUACCCCAAUCCCGCCCUUGCCUAUCACAACGCACAGCUCGAAGCGAGUGCGUUCCGAGAGCAGUACGAUCCAGAUUCGUUCGAGGAUUUGACAGAACCUAAGUACGAAUCCAUGCAUAAGCGCGCCGGAUCCUUCAUGAAAAAAUGGAAAGAUGACCUCGCGAAUGACAACUCUGCUAAUUUAGUUGUGGCGACCACCGGUUCGAAACGCAAAGCGGAUGUCAGCGUUGAUGAGGCAGAGAUAAAGAGCAAGUACGAUUCUGACCAGCUCAGCAAGUUGCGCGUGGAUCAAUUAAAGGAGUUCUUGAAAGCCAAAGGCCAGUCCGUAUCUGGAAAGAAAGCCGACCUGGUGCAGCGUGUAUCAGAGUGGUUUGAUGCACAUUAA